AUGGGGAAUAUAGCCAAAUCUUCAGCCCAAUUGAUUUCUUCUUUUCUCUUCCUAUUUGGAAUUAUCAUUCUUUUUCACAUAAAAUCUCCAUCUUCUGAAUUCUCCUCCACUUGGGUUUUUUCCCGCUCAAAUAAUCCAGUUGACACCAUGGUUGAAAAGCUUAGAGAUUCCAUCACCUGGCUGCCCCUUAAGGACCUCAGGUUCGUAGAUUCUGCAAUGACAGGACACACAUGGUUUAUGAGUUCUUUGAAUGAUACCCAUGAGGAAAAUGAAGCUGAACACUUGUAUUUUCCUUCAGAGAAAUCUAAGAAUAGGCUUCUUUGCAUUAAGGGGAAGAACACAAAUGAUGGAACCAAGAAUUCAUAUGCUUUGGCUUGGCCAGAAAGUCUGCCUGAAUCUGCAAUUGUGUUAAAGGGCUUAACAUUUGUAUCGUACACUUAUUACAAUCACCAAAAUUUGUGGCAUGGGUUAUGUGCAACAGCUCCUUUUGUGAGGUGGGCUAUGAAGAACCAGUGCUUGAAGCCAACAAGAUGGGUUUUAUUCCACUGGGGUGAGCUCAGAUUCAAAAUGGGAUCAUGGGUUUCUAACAUCAUGAAGGCAAAUUUUGGGGAAAUUAAGGUUGAAGGGUUUGAUCAAGGAGAUGGGCCCUACUGUUUUGAGAAGGCAGUUGUGAUGAGGCAUGAUUUGGGGUCCAUGGGGAUGGAGAACAAAUUGAAGGUUUUUGAUUUGUUAAGAUGUAAGGCUAGAAAUUUUUGUGGGAUUAACUCAGGAGGGAGAGGGAUCGAGGUUAAUGAAAAGGGUGUGCCAAUUAUAAGAUUGACUUUGUUAAUGAGAAGAAAUUCUAGGUCAUUCAAGAACGCAUCUUCAGUUACUGAUAUAUUUGCAAAGGAGUGUGAAAGAGUGGAGGGGUGUGUUAUAAAUGUAGUUCAAUCUGAUGAUCUAUCCUUUUGUGAUCAGGUGAAAGUAAUGACAAACACAGACAUUGUUGCAUCUCCCCAUGGAGCACAAUUGACAAACAUGCUCUUCAUGGACAGGAACAGCAGCAUAAUGGAAUUCUUUCCAAAAGGCUGGUUAGAACAUGCAGGAAUAGGCCAAUAUGCUCUCCACUGGAUGGCUGACCAAUCGGGAAUGAAGCACCGCGGUGCAUGGUGGGAUCCGAUUGGAGACGACUGCCCGUCUCCAAAUGAUGAUCUACAUUGCUUUUUAUUCCACAAAGAUGGCAAGGUUGGUCACAACGCAACCUUUUUUGCAGAAUGGACCGAGAAGGUCCUCGACCAAGUUAGACUAAUCAAGCUCGAACAAGCUACGAGAAAUCAAGUGAAGAACCAGUUUAAAUUGGACAUCUGUGUGUGCUAG